GGCGGGGCGGGCGGGCGGCACCGCCGGGCCAUGGUUCCGCGGAGCGCCGUGCGGGCUCUCUGCGCCACCGCAGCCCCCCGGGGCGCCCCCCGUUCCGUGCCCGGGGCCACCCCGCCGCCGGCCACCGGUAGGGGUCGGGGUCCCCGGUCCUCGGGUCCCGGUCCCGGUUCCCGGCCGGUGCCUCCUCCGCCGCCCGCCGUGGAUUUUGGGGACCCCCGGGAGGCGUUCCGCAGCAAGAGCAGCGCCGAGCUGCUGCGGGGGCUGCUGGUGCUGGGGCUGUGCGCCGUGGAGCCGCUGGUGGAGCACAACCGGGAGCUGCUGCAGCUCGGCCGGCGGGUGCUGGGCCGGGCGCUGUUCGAGCGGCUGAUGAAGAUGACCUUCUACGGGCAGUUCGUGGCCGGGGAGGACCAGGAGGCCAUCAAGCCGCUCAUCCGCCGGAACCGAGCUUUCGGCGUGGGCGCCGUGCUGGAUUACAGCGUGGAGGAGGACCUGGGCCCCGCGCCGGCCGGGCGCCAGCCGCAGCCCUCCUGCACCUCUGCAGCCGAGAAGGAGAGAGGAGGAGCAGAGCAGAGGGAGAAGAAGCAGCACCAUGCCCACCGUGGAUCUGGCAGUCACCGCAACGGGGUCGCCAGCCCCCGCACCUAUUUCUAUGCCGAUGAGGCCAAAUGUGACCAGCACAUGGAGACCUUCCUCCGCUGCAUCGAUGCCUCAAGUGGCAGCUCAGAGGACGGCUUCUCAGCCAUCAAGCUGACGGCGCUGGCAAGGCCUCAAUUCCUGCUGCAGUUCUCGGAGGUGCUGGUGAAGUGGCGGCGGUUCUUCCACCAAAUGGCCGUGGAGCAGGGCCAGGGUGGGCGGACAGCACUGGAGAUGAAGCUGGAGGUGGAGAAGCUGCAGGAGGCCCUGGCCAACCUCGGCAUCGCGACCAAGGCAGAGAGCCAGCACUGGUUGACGGGCGAGAACCUGGGUGCGAGCGGCACCGUGGACCUGCUGGCCUGGAACAGCCUGAUCGACAGCCGCACCAAGCUCUCCAAGCUGCUGCUCAUCCCCAACAUGAAGACCAGGCAGCUCGAGCCUCUGUUCUCACACUUCACCGAGGAGGAGGACCAGCAGAUGAAACGGAUGCUGCAGCGGAUGGACAUCCUCGCCAAGAGAGCCACGGAGACGGGCGUGAGGCUGAUGGUGGACGCAGAGCAGAGCUACUUCCAGCCAGCCAUCAGCCACCUCACCCUGGAGAUGCAGCGCCGCUUCAACAAGGAGCGGGCAAUCAUCUUCAACACCUACCAGUGCUACCUGAAGGAGGCUUACAACAACGUGACUGUGGACGUGGAGCUGUCACGCCGGGAGGGCUGGCACUUCAGCACCAAGCUGGUCCGCGGCGCCUACAUGGAGCAGGAGCGGGAGAGAGCAGCAAAGUUUGGCUAUGAGGAUCCCAUCAACCCCACUUAUGAGAAGACCAAUGAGAUGUACCACAGGUGCCUAGACUAUAUCCUGGAGGAGAUCAAGCACAGCCAGAAAGCCAGUGUGAUGGUGGCAUCUCACAACGAGGACACGAUCAAAUUCACCUUGCGGAGGAUGAUGGAGCUUGGGAUCCAUCCUUCAGAGAAGAAGGUCUGCUUUGGGCAGCUGCUGGGCAUGUGUGACCAGAUCACCUUCCCCCUGGGUCAGGCUGGUUUCCCCGUCUACAAGUACGUGCCCUACGGCCCGGUGGAUGAGGUGCUGCCCUACCUGUCCCGCCGAGCCCAGGAGAACAGGGGCUUCAUGCAGAGAGCAAACCAGGAGCGGGAUCUCCUCUGGAGGGAGUUCAAGCGACGGCUCUUUGCGGGCACCAUCUUCAGCCCCAACCCCUGACCCCCUCCAGCCCCCCAGGAACCCAGUGCUGGGCUCAGUUGGUGCCUGGGGACGGGGCUCUCGUGCCUUCGUGUGUAACCACUAACCCACUAACUUCCUCGUUGCUGUUUUUCCCCUCCUCUGAGGCCUUUGCCUGGGGAGGCGAUGUUCUCCUGUUGCUGUUUGAACCCCAUCCUCCUUCGGGAGGCCACUACUGUAGGGCUGCCCCAACGGGCACUGCCCCAAGGGACAUCCCCUUUGCUGUCCCAGCACUGGGAGCCCAGGGCGAGCAGAUCUUCCCCUCCCGGCACAUGCUGGUGCUCCCCUGCCAGCCCUUCCCUUCCCCACCAGCCUUGGCUAAUAUUGUCCUGGUAUUUUGCCUUCCGAGCGCAGGGAACAGGGAGGUUUGGCCACCAGCUCCGUGGCACACGUCCAAAGCCCACGGGGCAGCUGAGCUUUCCCCAGCCCUCCCUGGGCCAGAAGAAGGGCCUGAGGACUAUCACCGGGCUCCAGCUCUGCAGAAGGUCCAGCAGAGGCUGAAUUUAGCAGCAUGCAGAGGUGGCUGGGGCACAAGGGGAGCCCUGCUGCCUGCUCACCUGGGGCAAGCCUAAGUUUUUGCCCCAUCCUGCUGGGCUGAGCAGAGCCAAAGCUCCCCAAGCUCUCGGUCUCAACCUCUUGCAGCAGCACUGGCCCUGGGGCACACAUCCAGAGAGGGAGCAGGAGCCGCCGGGCCCCAUCCUUGUGCUGCCCCAAACGCUGCGGGGACGCGCGUGGGGCCGGAGCUGUGCUGUGGGAAGGGGAAAUCCGCACAGCUACUGGACACUGGAUUUGUCAGAGAAAUGGCAAUAAUUAAAGCGUGGCUGUUCUUGUUACUGC